GCCACCCAGGUGCCCCUGGAGGAGUUUCCCUUCUAAGGGGCAGACAUGGGCCAUAGCUUCAGGAAGUUUCAUAGGAUGGGGAACAGAUAGCCCUGGCUGGUUCACACUCCUGAUCUCAGAGAGCCCCCAGUCUGAUGGGGGAGACAAAGCCCCAGCACUGGAGAGCCCCCAGUCCGAAAGGCACAGCAUGACCUCACGGUACCCCAGUCUGAUGGCAGAGACAGGUCCACACUGGGUGUCAUAAAUCUUUACAGAUAGAAUUGCAGCUGCCCACCUUCCUUCAAGUUCCCAAGGGGCUAAUCAGCAGGUCUGUGAUGCCUGGAUAUAAAGGAGAUGCGGGAGACUUUCUUGAGACAGGCUCCAAAGGACCAGAAGGUAGGAGGAAGAAACCCUUGCCUUGUCCUUCUGGAAGAGUCAGGAAGAAAGCCAGGAAAUCACCCUUGGAAGAUGGUGGCUGUAAAGGUCUUCAGUCUGCUGCUGGGGUCCCUGCUCCUGGCAAUGGUGCUCGGAGAGAAGGCAGAUGGUCACUCCAGAGUCCACGCGAAGGUCAGUGGCUCCCGACCUCGAGGCCCCAGGUAUGCCGAGGGGACUUUCAUCAGCGACUACAGUAUAGCCAUGGACAAGAUCCGCCAGCAAGACUUUGUGAACUGGCUGCUAGCGCAGAAGGGGAAAAAGAACGACUGGAAACACAACAUCACCCAGAGGGAGGCCGGGGCCCUGGAGUUGGCCCAUCAAUCUGACAAGAAGGAGGAGGAGAGGGAGCAGCAGGGCUCCCUCCCCAGGAACCUCAGUGACGAAGACUUGCUCAGGGAUUUACUGAUUCGAGAGCUGCUGGCGUGGAUGGUGGAUCAGAUGGAAGUCUGCAGGCGCAGAUUUCAGUGACUCAGACCAAACCCAGCUCCGGCCCGGACUCUGCCCUUCGCUCACUCAGGACUCAGCUCCACUCCAGGGUACCCAAGAGAAGCCAAACAAAUAAAGUUUAAGCUGAAAUAAAUCUUUGUCCUCAUUGUCAAAACUUA